UCGGCAACGAGUCAAAGAUGGACGCUACCUGUUGCUUUGUGUUGCUUUAUUGAAGGCUGCCCUUACAUCAUCCUACAAAAAAUGAUUCCGUUCGUUAUCGGCGUGUUGUUUUUCUGGACAGCUUUGAACUUUACAGACUAUGUCUUUAAGACUUGCAUGCUGUACCCGUACGUGAACAUGUUGGAGCGAAGUGGCAUGAGCUUGAAGCUGCUUCGCGCCCAGUUCUACUUCACCCGGUUCAACCGAGUGGUGCACCAAAUGGGACGAAAGAAACCGCGGUUUCUGUACUGGUGGUUUACCGUGGGCACGGUGGCCAGUAUCGGGUGCAUUGCGCCUGCCUUAUGGGUGCUCGUCAAGACUGCCGCUGGCAUGAUUCGCAGUGCCGCGACCGGAACGCAAGAAGUUCAAGUCCUCGAGCCUUCUCUACCAGGCGUCAACCUUCCAUUGUCGGACAUCUUCUACUACAUCGCCACAUUAAUUGUGAGCAGCGUAUUCCACGAGUUUGGUCAUGCCUUGGCAGCUGUAAGGGAAAACGUGCGAAUCCAAGGGUGCGGCUUUUUCGUGCUCGGAAUAUUUCCCGGCGCAUUCGUCGACCUCCCAAAGGACCAAGUCUCGGUGCUGUCACCGUGGAGACAGUUGAAGAUAUACUGUGCCGGAGUGUGGCACAACAUUGUUGCAGCCUUGCUCGCCCUACUGCUCCUGUUUGGAAACAAGUAUCUGUUGGUGCCAUUUUACGCAGAGAACUCUGGUGUGUCCGUUAUCUCAGUGCUUGAGGAGUCUGGUGCCCACGGCCCCGGUGGCUUACUGCCAGGAGAUCAUGUUGUUGGAAUUGACGGCUGCAAUGUCCGUAAUGUAGAUUCCUGGAAGGCCUGCCUGGUCCAGACAGUACUGCUUCCCCAGCAUGGCUACUGCCACAAAAAGUCUGUGGUCGAGACUGAAGGAACGUGGACUCCAAAAGAUUGUUGCCAUGGACAGUCAAACAGCAGUCUCUGCUUUGCUUACAUGGAACACGGAGAAAAAAAAAAGGUUUGCCUCCCGGCGAGGCGCACGCUACAGACGUCGAUCAGGUACUGCAACUCCAGUUGUUCACAGGACGAAUACUGCUUGAAGCCAAUACUGGACAAUGGCACUAAGCUGGUAGAGGUGAAGAGGUCCAACUGGCAAACGAUGCUAUUUCUUGGGCCGCCUUCCGAGCUUUGGCAUUCAGUUUCCGUCAUCAAGUGGGUCCCUCGGCAGUUCAACCUAUCCGUGCUGCCGGUCCACGUCUACGAAGUGUUCCUGCAUUAUAUACUGUCAUUUUCUGGAGCACUGGCACUGCUCAACAUCGUCCCGUGCAUCGCGCUUGAUGGACAGUGGAUUACACAAGGGCUGAUUAAGCUCUUAGUGCAAUCAAUGCCUUGGCUUCGAUCCUCGAGAAAAGGAGUCUACCUCGUCAUUGUCUUGGGCGGAACAGUUCUACUGGCGUCCAACGUUAUCCUUGGCUUUUGGAAGCUUUUUGGCCAAAGAUAGUUUUUAAAACGUCGGCUGGUCAUCUUGUACAUAGCACUCAUAAUGUACAUUCUGUAGGUAACUCAAUUUUGGAAUUUUCUCCUCACCCAUAAAAGAAACUUUUGUGUA